GAUACAACCAUUUCAGCAAUAUCAACAGGUCUUACAUCACCAAUAGUGCUAUCCAAAGAAACAGCAUCAACAAAUGAAAAUGAAAAAACUAAAAAUUUCACCAAAACGACGAAAAGCACCAUUAGCACCAACACAUAUUCCUCAAUCAAUAUCUGUACCAAAUCAAAAUUGUUCAACACUUUGUGAAACUGAACAUCAUGAAUUUGAUUGUGCUUCAUCAUCAAAUGAUCAGCAACAAAAUUCAUUAACAAAAAAAAGUAAAUUUAAUCAAUCAUUUCGUACACGUAUAUCUCUCUUACUUCAAAAACGUCAUGCAAAACAACGACAACAUGUAAAAAUACAAAAUUGUGUUGAUGAAGAUCUUGAUCAUCAACAUCAUGAUGAUGAUGACG